AUGGUGCUUUGUGUGGUAUUGAUCGUUAUUUUUGGGCAAAUUUUGACCGGCAAUGCAACGAUAUGUGAGUAUUGUGGAAAGGAUUUCAAAUCGCUGGGCAGACAUCAAUGGCGUUGCAAAUCACGAACUGGUGUCGGAAACUCACCUAAUACGGAGAGAGCGUCUUCUUCAACAUCUGCGGACAAUAAUACAUGUACGGUAGGGUCGACUAAUGUCGCAGGAGAAAGUUUUAUGUGUUAUUGUGGGCGUACAUUUAAUAGUUAUCGUUCACUAAAUUUACAUCGCCGAUCAUGCUUUGUACAGAAUAACCCGUGCUUUGCUGAACUGUUUGCUCAACAAGAUGAUAGCAUUACUAUUGCAAAUAGUAAUGAAAGCAUGACCGAAGUUCUGUUUCCGACCGAUAAGUUUAAAGUGUUAUCAGGAGUAAAACUUCCUCGAUCGGAUCUUAGUUGGAAAGCAGCUAACGAGUUUUUUCAGUCGCAAUUCAGUGUUAGACCAGAGCUGCGAGACUUGGAUUCGGAAAUUGUAUUCAUGAAUAACGUUAUCUGGUCUUACUUUAAAGAUACAUGUGGUUUGGUAAAGUCGGCUAAUAAAUUUGAACACUAUAGAAGUAUGUCAAAAUCAAAGUUAAAAAAAUGCUUAAAAGAUUUAAAAUCGAACGGAGGCAGCUUGGAGGAAAUAAAAUUUGUCAGUAAGUUAUUGCGAAAAAGAAUGCAGUCAAGCGUUAAUGACCAGCGGGAUUAUGAAAAUGAAUUAAAUGAGAACUUUUGGAAGUUUUGUAAAAAUGAAUUUGAAAACACUGAAGAGCUAGAACCAAACUUGAGCGAACAGUCGUGUUUCGACUAUUUUAAGAACUUAUUUAAGGAGAAAAGUAAAAGUCGUUUGUUUAAUUGGCCGUCCUGGUUGAGUUCAUUUCCAUCCGCAAGUAAAGAUUUCGACUUAGAAUGUCCUACGUAUCGUGAGAUCUCUAAAAUAAUCAGAAAAAUGAAAAGUCGUGGCUCUGCGUGUCCUUUCGACCAAAUAAGCAUUAUUUCGUUUCAACGUUGUCCAAUUUUAAGAACGCAUUUAUGGAGAAUUAUCUGUAAAUGCUGGAACGAAAAAAAUAUUCCAUCUGUCUGGAAGCACGCGGCGGCGAUAUUGAUCCAUAAAAAAGAUUCAACUGAGGAUCCUGCUAAUUUCCGUCCUAUCUGUCUAGAGCCUGUUUUGCUAAAAGUCAUAACAUCAUUGCUAAGGAAUAGAAUCUUUAAGUUUGUUUGCGAAAACGAAUUUAUUGAGUCGGGAAUCCAGAAAGGUUUUUGGCCUGGAAUUUCGGGGACUAUUGAACAUACGGAAUUAUUAUCACAUAUUAUUAACCAUGCCAGAAAUAAGCAAAGAUCUCUUGUAGUUACUUUAAUUGAUCUGAAAAAUGCCUUUGGUGAGGUACAUCAUAAACUUAUACGAACUAUCUUGACAGCUCAUCACAUUCCUGAAGAAAUUAUAUGCUUUGUUGAGAAAUUCUACUCUGAUUUCAGUAUCUCAAUUAUUACGAAAGGGUUCAUUACGAAACCAAUUCCAGUGCAACGAGGCGUGUUACAAGGUGAUUGUUUAUCACCCUUGUUAUUUAAUCUUUGUGUAAAUUCUUUGAUUCACACAAUAAACGACGCGAAAUUAAAAUGUCUUGGCUAUGUAAAUAACGCAACGAUGUACCCUAGGCACUGGUUCCAAUUUGCGGAUGACACAGCAAUAUUAAGUGCACAUGAAGAGGACAAUCAAUUGCUUUGUAAUGUAUUUAAUAAAUGGUCAACGUGGGCGGAUUUGCAUAUUCGUGUUGAGAAAUGCCAUACUUUUGGAAUCAAGAAGCAAUCCUCAAAAGCAAUUCAAUACCAACCAGUUAUUAUCAUCUCGGGCAAGCGUGUACCGCCGAUUGAAUGCGAACAGGGGUUUAACUAUCUUGGAAAGCAAUUUAACUUUAAUAUGGAAUGCGAUCAGAUCAAA